UUGGGUCGAUGCACUUGAGCUUCCUCACAUUCCUCCCCUCCGCACUCCUCUGUGCGCUCCAGCUGUGUGGGGGGGCGGGCAUACUCCAGCAAACCCCUCCUCCUCCCCUCCUAUUGGGCUGUGGAAGGGCUACGAGCCGGUGGGAUGGGGUUGUGGGGGGGGGGGGGUUGCUACGUCUCACGGCUUUGCGGCUGGACUCGCCGGUAGCUUCGCGGGACUCCGUGUUUUUUUUCUCUGGGAUUAAAACCUGAAGUAUCGCUCGUGCGGCAGUGGAAAGCGCUGAAAGCCGGAGGAUGUGGAGAUGCUGAUCCGGGCCCGUGAGCGCGCACAGGCGGACUGACUCGCUCUAGUUCCGUUUGGACACAUUUCUCGAGCGCGUCCUCUCCUCGCAUCCACCUGCCUGCCCAUGGAGGGACGUCGCGAUGCUGUGCACAAGAAGAACUAAAACUUUGGUGUCGACAUGCGUAAUCCUGAGCGGUAUGACCAACAUCGUGUGCCUGCUGUACGUCGGUUGGAUCACCAACUACGUGGCCAACAGCGGUCCUAAAGUUGCGGAGAGCGGCGGCGGCGGCGGCGGCGGCGAGGCGGAGAGAAAGUUGGAGGAGGACAGCAAAGGUGAAACCCUGAGGAUUAUCGAGAGGCUGGACCGGCUAGAGAGCGUCGUCAACGAGCACAUUAAAGAAACCCCUCUGAAGGAUGGGGAAGAUGCGGCAUCCUCGUCAGACGCAGCCUCAGACCCCGCCUCCUCACUCUUCAACCACUGGGGUCACGACCUUGGCCCGGAAAGCCGAAGGGUUGCCCUCAAGAAGUUCAGGUACUAUGGCUACAACGGUUACCUUAGCGACCGCAUCUCCCUCACCCGACCGAUUCCAGAUUUACGGCCUGACGGAUGCAGAAAUAUGUCCUACUCAUCAGACCUUCCCCAGCUCAGUGUCAUCUUCAUCUUUGUCAACGAGGCCUUGUCGGUGUUGCUGCGCUCCAUCCACACGGCCAUCCAGAGGACUCCGUCCCACCUGCUCAAAGAGAUCAUACUGGUGGAUGACCACAGCAACAGCUUGGAGCUAAAGGAGCAUCUGCAGAACUUUGUGGAUGAGACCAAUGUGCAGCACGGCCCGGGGUUCAUCAAGGUGGUCCGCCAUGAUAAGCAGGAAGGACUGAUCAGGUCCCGAGUGAGCGGCUGGAGGGCAGCUUCUGCCCCUGUUGUCGCUUUGUUCGACGCACACGUGGAGUUCAACACUGGAUGGGCGGAGCCUAUUCUGCAGCGAAUAAAGGAGGACCGGACCCGGGUGGUCUCGCCUUCAUUUGACAACAUCAAGUAUGACACUUUUGAGAUCGAGGAAUACCCUCUGUCUGCUCAGGGCUUCGACUGGGAGCUGUGGUGCAGAUACCUCAACCCGCCAAAGUCCUGGUGGACGCAGCACAACAACACGGCGCCUAUCAGGAGCCCUGCUCUGAUUGGCUGCUUUGUGGUCGACAGGAAAUACUUUGAAGAGAUUGGCCUGCUUGAUGAGGGCAUGGAAAUUUAUGGUGGAGAAAAUGUGGAGCUUGGAAUCAGGGUGUGGCAGUGCGGUGGCAGUGUAGAGGUCUUGCCCUGCUCUCGGAUCGCCCACAUUGAGCGUGCCCACAAACCCUACACGGAGAACCUGACGGCUCACGUACGCCGCAAUGCUCUGAGGGUGGCUGAGGUCUGGAUGGACCAGUACAAGAGUCACGUCUACAUGGCCUGGAACGUUCCACUGCAGAACUCAGGAAUAGACAUCGGGGACAUUUCUAAGAGGAAGGCCCUGCGGUCAAGACUCCGGUGUCGACCGUUCAGCUGGUUCCUCUCCAACAUCUACCCUGAGCUCCGAUCCUACAGCGACACAGUUGCUUACGGCGUGUUGAAGAACAGCUUGAGAGACGACCUGUGUCUGGACCAAGGACCUGACACUGACAACGUCCCCAUCAUGUACCUGUGCCAUGGUAUGACACCUCAGCAGAACGUGUACUACACCAGCUCCCAACAGCUUCACCUGGGAGUGCUGAGUCCGACGAUUGACGACGACGACAACAAGUGUCUGGUGGACGUGAACAGCAAACCCAGGCUGCUGGAGUGCAGCUACGCCACUACUAAGCACAUGAAGCUCACCUGGACAUUCACGCAGGGUGGUCCCAUCCAAAACAUUGAGUCGCAGCGCUGUCUGGAGCUGGUGGAGAGCCGACAGUCAGGGUUCAGUUUCCAGCUGGCAAUUCAGGACUGCACGGAUCAGAAAUGGACCAUCACCAACAUACUGACUGUCCUGCCACAGUGAACGUAGUGACACCAGUCAGAUAUUAGGAGACCUUUCAUGUGAUGGACUGGUCUAACUGAGGAAGUCUGCCACUUCACACUGAAAAACCAAACUGACCCAAAGCCCGGAUGGACCAUCACAGAGGUCUGGUGCACAUAAAAUGAAUGAGAGUCCAGUUAGAGAUGGACUAACACGCUGACCUCAGCAUCAAACUUUCAGUACUGGACUUGUUUUUAAGGAGAAUCUGCAUAGAAACAGAUGUGCUUCAAUCAGACACAGACCAUUAGUAACCUAAUAACCAUUUUAUACCAAUGACCUGGGAGAAGAGACACUCACAGAUGGAGCCGGAGCUCUUAAAACUCCCCACUCUGCGAUGGAAAUGAGAAAUAUAGCCACUUGUUCCGGGAGACAGGCUCAUGAAAUCAUGUAAGCAGUCUGGUUAUUGCAGGAGCAGGCCUGUGAUGUAUUUUGGCUCCCAGUAGGUAGUUUAAGUUCAGGCCUGAGCUGCCACAGCCUCAUCACACAAUCUCAAAACAAAUUGAGUGAGCGCGGUUCAAUAUGUUUGCGUGCAGACGGACAGAUGCGAGGUGAGCGUAUUGUUGCAAAGCAGCCGGCGUGUUACUCACGUUUGAUUUUUAGGGCAGGUUUUAAAUCGUUACCAUCACCGCUGGACUCAAGCGGAGCGACCGAGCAGGUGCUGUAGAUUUCCUGAUGUCACUAAAAAGGAGCUGGUCUAAUGAAGAAUAACCACAGAGUGAUUUAAACUGGCACUGUGAUAGAAACACCGUCACUCAGGGGUUUCAGAGUGUGUUUUGGGAUUAAAUGGUUUACAGACAGAACCGCCAAUCAUUCUGGGGUGUGUGUACACUUAUAAACAGAAAUCUGGAAACACCUGCCUGGACAAAAGUGAUGUGGAGAAGAUGGAGCUUCAUUCCACAGCAUCAGUCCACCGACACCCGGAGCAGUGUGCACGAUUUUAGAAAUGCUGAAUUAUCCCUGCAGAAAAACAACAACUAACUCUCAGAUUUCCUCACUAUUUAAAAUUUUAGUUUUUCUUUUAACUUUAUCUCAAAAAUCAUGUUUCAAAGCGCUGUCUACACUCUCAGAAAUAUAAUCUUAGUGCAAAAAAUAAUCCAGUUGGAUCAAAAACCUGUAGAUGCCCUGUUGGUUGCCCACAGGUGGCUGUGUAUCAGAUGCUUUGCUUUGACUUUAAUAGAUACCUGCAGUAUCCCUCAGCAUAUGGAAAAAGUGGGAAUGCUGUGCACAUUUGCUCUUUCAGAACCAGACUUUUUGUUAAUAUGGUGGGGGGUUUGUUAUAAAUCCGCCCUGCUCUCAUAAGCUCAGUGUCUGACUACAGUUUUCAUCCUCAUAUUGUCUGGCUACAUCUGUGCUCAGAAAUUUCCACACUGUCUGUAAAUUACUAACUGCUCCCAUCAACUUUUUCUCAUUGACCUUAUAAAGGAUCCCUCUCCAACGUGUUUGAAGAGCGUAAUCACACAAUGAAACCUUAGAACAGCAGAAGACGUGGCCACAGCGCUCUCCUCGACGCUCUGGCUUUUAAGAGUCGGUCUUACAGCAGAGACGCAGUGAUGAGAGCGCUCAGUCCAUAAUGGUGACUGCUGAGGUCAGUACAGGUCAAAGUCACACCUAAACUAAGAAUUUGUUGGGGUGGCCCAAACCUUGGAUAAAUAUUCAGAAGAAUUAAAUAUCACAGAACGUGUAAUAAACCUGACUUCAGGUACGCGGUUUAUCAUAGCAUGUCGGCAAUACUCCUACACGGCCCUCAGAAGAUGUUUAAUCAAGAGAAAUAAUUGAAAAUGCCUGCGUAGGUGUAGCAUAAAGGUGCAGAACCUCAGAUAUUUAUUAUCCCAUUUCAGACACUUCCUCCCUCCUUUUUCAAUUUUAAACUUUUCAACGAGAAAUACGGCGUUCUUUUCCCUGGAUUUAGAGGUCACUGCUGCCCGCUCGUUUUCUGCCAUGUGGAUGAAAAUUUAACCUUGGAUGGUUGUUCAUUCAGAAUACACAGCGAAAAGUAUGAAAAGAUCACAGUAAAAUACAGAUAUUUGGAGUUUUAUGAAUUUACAAAUCGCACAAGUUUAAACUUAUUUUGGAUUUUCUAUAAUCGACACAUGGUCAGAAGUAUACGUACAGGCUAAGGCCUAUUAACAUGGUGAUCGGGAUUGAAUAAAACUGAUAGUUUGUUUGCAUCAUUACAAAGGACUGCACUCAUUGGCUCACCCAAACUCAGAGCAAUGGGAAAGUCCAAGUUACUCAGUGAAGAAUUUGUGAAAAUGCAGAUUUACUUGGAUAACUUGGGAGAGUCUCUUGGAGCCAUUUCUAAACAUCUGUAGAUUUCAAGAUCAUCAGUUCAAACAAUUGUGUAAAUUAUUUAGAUGUGUCACCACUUUGCAGACGUCUGGAAGAAGACCCAAACUGUCACUCUCAUGUCAGAGGCAGCUGGUUAGGAAUCUGAAAUAAAUUCAAACUUGUGCACCCAUUUCUUGCUUUGUAAAGUCAUUAAAGAAGAUUACCAUACAGCCAUCCCACUCUGAAAAAACAUCCCAUCCCAAAAUAGCCUGACAUUCAUGGCUAUGAUGAGUGGAUGCAAACUUCUAACUGCAGCUCUGUUUUCUCUCAGCUUUGAAUGCUGUUGGCAUUGGUUUGGAUCCACAGUCAGUGUGGAUAAUCUGUAUCAGACAACUUUAUUGUUUGCCUUUAUCAGUUUCAGGUAGCCUAAAAGCUCAAAGCUGGUUUACAGAAGGUUUGUCCUGAACAAUGCCAGAAGACCCGAGGGCCAUUCACCAUGAUUCAAACCUGGAAAACAAACCGGUCAUUAAACCACCAAAAAGUGCUUCAAAGACAGUUUAGCAACACAACCUACAUGUUCCUUAAACAGGUGUUAAAAGUCCCCGUUUCCACAUCCAGUGCUGAAUUUUAAACCGAUCUCAUCAAGGAAAAUAGUUUUUCUGACAAUUAAAUGCAGCUUUAAAGUGGACUGAAAAUGAGCAAACCCUAACCCUCCACGAAGGCCCACGAAGGAAAAUCAGCGGCUGGCAUGACCUCAGCAUCCAGGUGAAGGAAGGAAACUA